GCCGGGGGCGGGGCGCGGCGUCCAGGCGGCGGCGGCGGCGGCGGCGGCUCCUCAGAGUCCGGUUCAAGCUCCGGCUGCGGCUCCGGCCCGCGAUGCCCCAUUCCGUGACCCUGCGCGGGCCUUCGCCCUGGGGCUUCCGCCUGGUGGGCGGCCGGGACUUCAGCGCGCCCCUCACCAUCUCGCGGGUCCAUGCUGGCAGCAAGGCUGCAUUGGCUGCCCUGUGUCCAGGAGACCUGAUCCAGGCCAUCAAUGGUGAGAGCACAGAGCUCAUGACACACCUGGAGGCACAGAACCGCAUCAAGGGCUGCCACGAUCACCUCACGCUGUCUGUGAGCAGGCCUGAGGGCAGGAGCUGGCCCAGUGCCCCUGAUGACAGCAAGGCUCAAGCACACAGGACCCACAUCGACCCUGAGAUCCAGGACGGCAGUCCAAUAACCAGCAGGCGGCCCUCAGGCACCGGGACUGGGCCAGAAGAUGGCAGACCAAGCCUGGGAUCUCCAUAUGGACAACCCCCUCGCUUUCCAGUCCCUCACAAUGGCAGCAGCGAGGCCACCCUGCCAGCCCAGAUGAGCACCCUGCAUGUGUCUCCACCCCCCAGCGCUGACCCAGCCAGAGGCCUCCCACGGAGCCGGGACUGCAGAGUCGACCUGGGCUCCGAGGUGUACAGGAUGCUGCGGGAGCCGGCGGAGUCCGUGGCUGUGGAGCCCAAGCAGUCAGGCUCCUUCCGCUACUUGCAGGGCAUGCUAGAGGCCGGCGAGGGUGGGGCACCAUCGUCAAGGCGCGGGACAAGCUCUACCAUCCCGAGUGCUUCAUGUGCAGCGACUGCGGCCUGAACCUCAAGCAGCGUGGUUACUUCUUUCUGGAUGAGCGACUUUACUGUGAGAGCCACGCCAAGGCACGCGUGAAGCCGCCCGAGGGCUACGACGUGGUGGCGGUGUACCCCAACGCCAAGGUGGAACUCGUCUGAGCUGGGCCCCUGCUCCCGCCCCUGCUUCUUAAGGUCCCUACUCGGCCGGUGUAAAUAUGUUUCGCCCUGUCCCUCUAAUAAAGUUCCUCUGCUCCACCUUGAACCUGUCACCUGGCCUGCCACCCUGCUGCGUAGGCCAUGCAUGGCUCCCGAGUGCAGUAGCAUAUGCUCAGAUGCCAGGAAUGUCCUAGGCUCUGGGUGCAGUGGUGAGCAGGAUGGGUACUAUGCUGCCCUGAAGGGGGCCACAGCCUGGGUGGAAGGCAGACCUGAAUCACAA